GUUAAAUGUGUCCAUAAAAACGGCUCUCCUUUAUGCAUUAAGUCUUAUAAAAAACAUUAUAAUGUAGAUUCUAAUAAAUAAACCUUUUUAAGAAAGCAAAUUGCGCAACCGAGAGUUUUCAGACAACCGUAAAACCCUGAAUUUUAUUGAAUAUGCCUAAAAAUCGUUAUCAUGCAGUUGAUUGUCAUUUCCUGUCAACAUCUAUAAUUUGAAAUAAAUAAAAGUGAGAGAAUUUUAAAAUUGUAAAUAUUGAAGUUAUAGUAGUAAUGAGUAAUGAUGUAGAAAGUUCAGAAAACACUGAUGGCUCUGUACAUAAUGAAGAAGAACCCCAAAAUGAGACUGAAAAGAAAAAAACUAUUUCAGAAGAUAGUGCCAUAGACCCUAUUGGAACAGAUUGUUCAGAAAGUAGCAAUGAAGACAGUGUUUCUAACAGCGAAUCUAUAAGGACUGACGAUACAGAGGGUAGUAUAGCUGAUAAGUUAAGGGAAACUGUAACAUAUCAACAAAGUAUAAUAGAACAAAAAUCGAACAAAGUAAGAAACCUGGAGGUAGAUUACUCAAAAUUACUACAAGCUGUUAAAGAAUUAGAAUCCAAAUUAGAAAUUGCUACAAAAAAGAAAGAUGCUGCUGUUAAAGAAAAAGAAGCUAUGGUUGUUCGAUAUGCUGUUUCUGAAAAAAAUGUUCUAAGAGAGAAACAACAAAAGGAAACUGUUGAGAAAAAACUAAAUGAAGCUGUGCGUGAAACUGAAACGAUGCAAUAUAAAGUUCGUUUAAUGGUGAAUGAAAAAUCUCGAAUUUGUCAAAUGCUAGAUAAAAAACACCAUGAGAACAAAAUGCUGCAGCAGGAGUGUGAGCAGAAAAAAGCAGAUUUGGCAGCAAGUGACAACAAACUCAAAAGAGUACAAACAAACCUAAGGACAGAAUCAGAGAAUCAUAAAGAUACUCAAGCAAAGCUGGAAAACAUCACAACUAAAUAUCAAGAGGUGGUUAGUACAAUAGAUCAAGUUAAACGAGAUGCUGAGGAAUCUAUUAAAUCAUACCGUAAUUCCGAAGAAAAUAGAGCCCAUCUUCUAGAACAACAAGUACAGGAGCAGCAGGCUUCUUUAAUUUUGUUAAAACAUGAAAAAAAAGAUAAGGAGGAGCAAUUGUCGUUACUUCAAAAAGAACUAGAAAGAUUGCAAACCAAACAAAAGGAAAUGUUACAAGAAAAUAAUAGUCUUUCUUUAAAAGUCCAACAAUUGGAAAAGGACAGAUCUGAGUCUGAAAUAAAGCUUAGUGAACUACGCGGAUGUGCCGAUCAACAAAGGCAAGAUGUGGUCGACUUACAAACUAAAUCUGUACAGUUAGAACAGCUGAAACUUCAAUUAAAACAUGAACAAGAUCAGCUUGCAGCCACUAACGAACAAAUGGGUCUGCUUAAACAAAGAAAUCUGGAUUUAGAAUCUGACAUGGAAACAUGCAGAACUCGAGAAGCCGAAUUAUUGCUGUUUACACAGCAACUGACUGAUAAGAAUGUAAGAUUACAAUCCGAAUUUACUUCCAUGGAAACAAGAGUUCAACAGUUAACAUGUGAACAUACUCUCUUAAAAAGACAAAUUAAAGAACAAGAAACUAAGGCUAAUAUGUACUCCUCUAAGCUUAAUGAAGAAAGGCAAAGGUAUAAAGAAGAAAACGAGGAUUUAGUCAAGAAGUUAACAGACAAAACUAAACUAUGCGAAAAGCUUUCACAAGAAGCUACAGAUCAGAAGUCAGAAAAUAUUGUUAUAAAAAGGAAGUAUGAUAUGUCUCUUAGGGAAGUAAAUAGAGAACUACAACAUUACCAUAAAAAGCUAGAAAAAUUCGAAGACCCGGAUAAGUCUAGCAAUAGUAACAGUAGUUCAAAUUCAUCACUAAACGUUAGUGACCGUUCUGUAGAUAGACCAAAUACCACAAUAGAUCAACAAACGUUGAUAGAGCAUAUAGUUAAAUUGCAAAAGAUUAGCGCAAAAAAAUCGGAGAAGAUCGAUUUUUUGGAGGAGCAUGUAAAUACUUUGGUUAUAGAGCUUCAAAAGAAAUCCAAGUUACUCCAAGGUUAUAUUUUGAGGGAACAGAAGACGUCGAAUUCGAUUAAAAAAGAGAGUAAUAAAGUUAAGUAAAUAAAUAUGUUAUUGUUAUGUUAUUUAAUGUGUCUAUAUAUAAAUCUAUUAUUUUUGUUGUGACUGAAACGUUUAUCUCCUAUCCUAUGGUUACAUUGUAUGCUAGUCAAUAAAUGCUAAGCAUUUGAUCUCAA